CUACACACCCUACAGUCAUGAGGAGACUGGUGGUAUUCGCUUUUUUGGUAGCUAGUGCCUACGGAUGUGGCCUCCCCAUCUUCCCUCCUGUGCUGACCAGGGUGGUGGCAGGAGAGGAUGCCAGGCCUCACAGCUGGCCCUGGCAGAUCUCUCUUCAGUCGGACAGCAGUGGGCGCUGGAGGCACGUCUGUGGAGGCACCCUCAUCUCAUCUGACUGGGUCCUCACUGCUGCACACUGCUUCAAUGACCGCUACAACUACAGAGUGGAGCUGGGUAAACACAGCCUGCGGUCCAGCGAGGAGGGCUCGAUAGCUCGCAGGGCAGCCACAAUUAUCAGUCACGAGGAUUACAACACCAUGCUCAGCCGUAACGACAUCGCCCUUAUCAAGCUGUCUUCCCCCGUCACCUUCUCUGACACCAUCAUGCCCGCCUGCCUCCCAGCCCGAGGCGUGGUCCUGCCCCACGGUGCCCCCUGCUACGUCAGCGGCUGGGGUCGGCUCUCCACUAGCGGUCCUGCAGCAGACAUCCUGCAGCAGGCUCUGCUCCCUGUGGUCGGCCAAGAGACCUGCUCACAGCCCGACUGGUGGAGCGUCCUGGCAACGGACAAGAUGGUCUGUGCUGGAGGGGACGGCAUCACGGCUGGCUGUAAUGGAGACUCUGGUGGGCCCCUGAACUGCCAGAACCCAGAUGGCUCCUGGGUCGUCCACGGCGCCGUAAGCUUUGGCUCCGGUCAAGGCUGCAAUGUCCUCCAGAAGCCGACAGUCUUCACAAAAAUCAACUCCUACAUCGACUGGAUCAACACAGCUAUGACCCACUACUGAAGAAGUUAUUCAAGUGCUUCUGUCAGCAAUAAGGACAACAGUGAUUAAUGUGUUUCUCAUUUUCCUCCUAGCAAAUAAAAUAAAAUGUACUCUUCUUCAGUCAAGGAAUCAGUGCUGUAAAGUACAUUUAAUGUUGAGGUACUUGUUCUUUACUUAAGUAUUUAAACGUUGUGCUACUUUGUACUUCUACUCCACAACAAUUAAGAGGUUAAUAGUGUACUUUUAGUCCACAAUUUUGUUUUAAUACCUUUAGUUACUUUACAGAUUUUGAUAAAUGAUGUGAAAUAUAAUCAACACUUAAAUCAGAUUUUA